UUCUAUAAUUAACAAAAAUGACGUUUCAAUUGAGCUUUUUUAUUCUGUUGUCAGUGGUCACUUUGGUUGGCGCUUUUUUCCCUCGCAGCGCUUUUCAGCGGGACUUUCACCGACACGUCGCGAAAGAUUUUGAAUCUUCCGGGAACGGACCAGACGAACCUCUUCGGGGAUCUGUCAGGGUUGUCAAAUUAAGCCCUCAUUCUCUGCGACGGGCAGCCGGUAGUCACGUGUCGCCCAAAAACUCACCGGGUAGAGGCGCGUUCCCCGCGUUCUUGGCUCUCGGACGUCCCGGCCCGUCAGUCCUGUCCCAUAACAAACCUGCGGCCCAGCUCCUUCCGGUGAGCGCGAGCAGCACCAGCGCAGACGCCCGGAGGAAACAGGGGAUGGAGAUGUGGAAUAAAGUGAUGCACAAAAGCGAGCGAAGCAAUGAGGCCGUGGCGUUACGCAUUGAUCCUAAACACAUGAGCAAACAGAGCUGUGCCGCAGUGCCCUUCACACAGCGCAUAACGGAGGACGGCUGUGAGAAGGUGACGGUUCAUAAUAAUCUCUGCUACGGUCAGUGCAGCUCCAUGUUCGUCCCGUCCAGCGGAGAGUCCCGUGGACAGCAAAGAUCGUGCACUCGAUGCAGUCCCUCUAAAUCGCGCUCUGUGCUCGUACCCCUGCGCUGCGGGACAGAGGUGCGCGAGAGGCGCGUUGUGAUCGUUGAGGAGUGCAAAUGCGAAACAAGCAGUGAAGAGGUCAAAGUUAAGAACACGGAAAUGUUUCAUUUAUAACAGACAUUUUAAAGUUUUUUUUUUUUCUAAAACGUUCUAAUAUUUAAGUGCACCGAUGGUGUGUGUAGACUAUUUAUAGGAUUACAAAGCCACACAAAUGUGGAAGAUCCGUGUCGUGUGUCUGAAGAGUGACCGAGAUUCGGUUCAGAAUGUGUUAAACACGAGUCCCUGGGAAUACAGGGAAAAUCUUUCUGUAAACUGCCGUCUGAUAUUCAGCGGUAUCGUUUGUAUUA